AUGUCUCAAGUUGUGGGCAAGACCCGCCUGGCCUACUCGCGGACAUGGCAUCACAUCGAUAUCGGCUCUGACUCGCGGUCACUAGGCCGAAUCGCCUCAUCCAUCGCCAUCUUCCUUAUGGGCAAGCACAAACCGAUCUGGGACCCAUCAACCGAUUGCGGCGACUACGUGGUUGCGGUCGGCUGCCACGAUCUACACGUGACGGGCAAGAAACGAACGCAGAAACAGUACUACACUCAUAACACGCGACCGGGCAGCCUCAAGCAGAUGAGUUUAGACUAUAUGAUGGAGAAGUGGGGUGGUGGUGAGGUGCUGAAGCGCGCCGUACGGGGAAUGUUACCGAAGAAUCGAUUACGGGACAAGAGGUUGGCGAGGUUAAAAGUGUUUGAGGGGACCGCACAUCCCUACAAGCACAACAUUGUGAAGUUUGCCGGAAAGCCGUAUCAGCCUGGGAAGGUGAUGGAGGCAAUCGAGGCACAACGUGCUGGGUCAAUAUCCUCUGCGCCGCCAUCAAUAUCCUCUGCGCCGCCGUCAUAG